GCGCACUACUCAUCUGCUAACGAGAACGUUCCGCUGAAAGAGAUCUGCCUCAUCGUCGCGGUCCCGCCCCCGAAUCCCCCUCACUUAGCGAUCCAGACCUCAUUUACCUCGCACCUCUUCUCACCACGCGUGUUUGUUCCUCGUCUCAUUGCUUCCCAGUUUCUCCCCCAUGGCGCCCGAUCUCUCGCUCGAUCGAAUCCUACAUGAGAUCACCACUUCCACCAACCUGCAGGCGCUGAACUCCACCCUCAAGAACGGACUACCGAAGGAGUCGAGGGAGACGAUCCUGUCAAGUCCGUUGGGAAGCGGGCAAGAUCCCCUGUCGGUGCUCGACGUGCGGCAGAACACGCUCGGUGUAUUGUAUCUCUUGUCCGCGCGCUUAAAUAUGACGAAUGCACCCGUGCCACCGCACACAGUGGUCGCAUUCUGCCAGUCUUUCAUACCGGAGCAAGCGCGUUUGGCACCCGAACGCGUCACGCUGCUUGCGCGGGGAAUCCAGAAACUCAGCCAUCAUAUGGGCAAUCCAUCAUGGGCUAUACACCCUUUGCUGCAGCUCCUUACGCAUUAUCCCACUGAUCUGUCGUUUCUAACCACCAUCCAUCCCAUCUUCCUUCAAGUCUGCAUUGCAGCCAACCAGCCCACCGCCGCACUCCCCGUUCUCGGAUGCCCGAUCGCCAACAUCUCAACCGCCCUCUCCGACUUGACGUACAAUGACAACCUUCUGUAUCACUACCUCGGCGGCAUCAUCCUGGCGUUACUCAAACAGUGGGCUGCGGCUGAGGAGUUCUUCGAGAUCUGCGUGACAGCACCAGGGGCGGUUCCCGCCGCGAUCCAGCUGGAGGCCCUCAAGAAAAUGCGGCUCGUGCAGCUGAUUCACCGGGGAGGGGUGUCGCCGCUGCCGAAAUACGCGCACCCAUCCCUUGCGCGCAUGCUUAAGAACUCAGUCUACGCAGAUCUCAUCGCGUUCUACCCGCAGAACACGGAGAAGCUGAACGGGCUCCUGAGUAAGGAGAAGCAGACGUUUUCCACGGAAAAGACACUUGGGCUGGUCACACAGGCGGUAGAUCGGGCGCCGCGGUGGACAUUGAAGAAGCUGACCGCAACCUAUGUCACGCUUUCACUGGAAGACAUCGCACGACUGGUCGGGAUUCCAAGCGAGGACGAGGUUCGGGGGCUGCUCCUGAGCAUGAUCGAAACGGGAGACAUCUCAGCUCAGAUCUCUGCUUCGGGCACGGUCACGUUCUCGGACCCGCCGCCUCAAUUCACGCGGGAGGAAGUCGAUGCUGUGCUCUCGGGCGCACAGCAGCAGAGCGCACUAUUGGAAGAACUGGAGAUGGAAAUGGCGAGGAACCGGGACUUUGUCAGCAAAGCCAUCAAGGGUGGAGGAGAGAGCUCGUGGCCGGGUGCGGGGAUGGACGAGGAUGUCUAUGGAGGGGCCUUGUCUAACGCGGCUUGGGCCGAUGACAGUAUGUUCGGGUAG